GUUGCCACCUGUUGCCCAAGACCCCUGCCCAGGGGUAGAUUGCCGCCUGUUGCCCGAGGUCCCUGCCUAGUGUCUCCAGUCCGCUGUCCAGUCACGGAGGGAGCUCGGCUGAGGCCCCAAGCC